GGAGCAGAGCAGUUCAGACUCAACGGAGACACACACACACGAAUUCACGCGCGUACAGACAGGAGCGCGCACGGGUCUCACCUCCUCUCCAUCAUGGCUCCUCCGCCGGAUACCACGUUGGAUGUAAACGCGCUCGUGUCGUGGGAAUAAAGGGAUCCACGCGCUGUUAAAUGGAAACCAUGUCGCCGCAGCAGGGGGCCAUGGGACAGAACCGGUCCGACUCCCUGGCGGGGGACAGCAAGAAGAAGAUGAAGACUUUGGCCCAGAGGCGACAGUCCGCUCCCUCGCUGGUCAUCAGCAAAGCCCUCACCCGAUCGAGAAGCACGUCCAGGGAAGGCUGCCUCUCUCCAGUCCACCCGGAGUCGUGUCCCCUGGUGCAGGCCUUUCUGGCAGAGUGUCCACGCCGCCUCUUCCUGGGUCACGCCCAGACGCAGCUGAAGACGGGCCUGCAGACGCAGGAGAGACACCUCUUCCUCUUCAGCGACGCGCUGCUGGUCACCAAGGCCAAGUCUCCCACCCACUUCAAGGUGAAGGCGCAGGUCCGGGUGUGUGAGAUGUGGACGGCCGGCUGCAUGGACGAGGUGAGCGAGGGCACCACCAGCCCCGAGAGGAGCUUCGUCAUGGGCUGGCCCACCUGCAACUGUGUGGCCACCUUCAGCUCAGAGGAGCACAAGGAGAAGUGGUUGACUCUCAUCAAAAGUCUGAUCAUCGCGGGCAAAGGGAAGGAAGAGCCCAAAACCGUCCCUCUGAAGAUAUUCGCGAAGGAUAUUGGAAAUUGUGCAUAUGCCAAGACGCUCGCGGUCAGCAACAGCGACAGCACGGCCGACGUCAUCCGCCUGGCCCUGCUGCAGUUUGGCAUAUCGGGCUGCGUGAAGGACCACCGGCUGUGGGUGAACUCCAGUAAGGACGAGCCCCCCUACCCUCUCAUCGGCCACGAGUUUCCCUUCAGCAUUAAGAUGAGCCACAUUCGGGACGGAGGGAGCUCUGUCGGCGGAGGACCGGGAGGAGGAGGAGGAGGAGGAGGAGGAGGAGGAGGGCCGGGGAGGGACCCCGCCACCCCCACGGACUGCCCGGGGGUCCUGCUGCUGGACCAGUGCCUCCCUCCAGACACCCAGUGCCAGUUCAUCCUCAAGCCCAGCAAAGUGGGACAGACGCUGCUGCUAGAGCCUGGCCAGCAGAAGUCCUUCAAGAGGAAGCGCUCCCUGAUCAACUGGCCCUUCUGGAAAGGCUCCAGCUUGCAGCUGGACGGCCCGCCGCUGUCCCCCACCUUGCUGUCCCCCACCUCGCUGUCCCCUACCCAGGGACGACUGUUUGGACGGCCCCUGAGCUCCCUCUGCUCCCCGGAUCUGCCCAAACCCGUCAUGGACAUGCUGGUGUUCCUGUACCUGGAGGGGCCCUACACCCGGGGUGUCUUCAGGCGCUCAGCCGGGGCCAAAGCCUGCCGGGAGCUCCGGGACCGUCUGGACCACAGAGACGAGGACCCGGAGAUCGCACGCCAGUCGGUGUUCGUCAUCGCCGCGGUGCUGAAGGACUUCCUGCGUAACAUCCCGGGCAGCCUGCUGAGCGCCGACCUGUACGACCAGUGGAUGGAGGCCAUGGGGGGGGAGGAGGGGGACGAGAGGACCCGAGCCGUCCAGAGGUUGCUCCGCCUCCUGCCCGCUGACAACCUGCUCCUGCUGCGUCAUGUGAUCGCCGUGCUGCACUGUAUCCAGGGCAACGCCCAGGACAACCAGAUGAACGCCUUCAACCUGUCCGUCUGCAUUGCUCCCAGCAUGCUUUGGGCUCCGGCGCCGGGCACCCCCGAGAUGGAAGGCGAGGACAACAAGAAGGUGUGCGAGCUGGUCCGCCUUCUCAUCGAGAACUGCAGCGGCGUCCUGGGAGAAGACGUCGUGUUGCUGCUCCGCAGCUUCAAUCAGAAGAGCAGCGGCAGCGACCACGGCUCAGACGCGUCGUCCUUCCAGAUGAACGACUCGUCCUACGACAGUCUGGAGAACGAGCUGAACGACGACCCCGAGUCCCCCUUCCAGGAGACGCCCCCCCUGCGGGACAAGGACAAGCCGGACAGCCGCAGCCGCGACUCCGUCAUCACCCUGAGCGACUGCGACCCGGACCCCGACCACGACGGCGACCUCCUGCUGCAGCUCCCCCCGCUGGCCCGACCCCGGAGGUUCAGCCCUGCCGGCCCGGCGCAGGCUCCCAGGAGGCUGCGGAGGAGCUCGGAGCCCGCCUUGGCCCUGGCGAGCCCCGCGGCCUCGACUGCCCAUGCCGACGGACCCCGCCUCAUGGCGAGGAAGGCGAGCUACGACGCCGCCAUGGAGGGGGGCCCGGAGGGAGAGGAGUACGAGGACUUCCUGGAGCAGAGGCUGAGAGGGCUGCAGCUGAAGGAGGAGGAGGAGGAGGAGGAGGACUCAUGCGAGAAGGGAGGAGCCAAGGUCCAGAACGGCGGGCGGAGGAGGGUGAAGCACGCCCCUCCGCCUCCGCUGCGGCUGGGCGCUAGCUGCUCCAGCCUCUCGUCGCCGGCGACCUCACCCACAGGCUCCUCCCUCAGCUCCUUAGACUCCGCCUUCUCACAGUUCUCCACCGACUACGCCGCCAACGGGGCGCUCUCAUUGGCCGAACCUGCCUCUCUGUCCCCGCUCUUCCUCGGGCGGCCCCAUCUGUCCCCCAGGGACUCCCCCCCCCAGAGGGAAGCCCCGCCUCAUUGGCCUCCGCCCCCCCAGGUACCGCGGACAUACCAACCCCCCCCACAUCCACACGGCCUCCACCCGAGCACUUGGACUAAGAAGGAGCGCCGGCUGUCCCUGAGGCGUCCCGGGGAGGACUUGCCCGAGUCAAACGGGGAGACGCAGGCGGGCGGUCCCGGGCCGCAGGACGCCGCCGUGCCGCAGGACGCCGCCGCCGCGCCGCGCCACCGGAGAUCCAGCAGCCCGCCGUCCUACCAGCAGGCCCUGCUGCAGCUGCACAGCCGCGCUCCUUUCUACCGGGGCGCCGAGAAGCCGCUCACCAUCCGAGAGCUGCGUCAGCUUCACGCCCACGGACCCCCGACCCCGGGCUCCCACGCAGGAAGUGAGGUCAGACGCGAGUGCGCGCCGCCCCCCCAGGGUGUUUUCUUCGGACAGGACGCCACCACCCUGGUGCUGCAGAGGCAGAGGUCCGUGGCUCCGCCCGCGGAGGGACACAACUGGAGGCGGACCCUCCCCCGGCGAGCCUCCGAGCCCUGCGAGGUCGCUGCGACCUCUGACCUCUCCUGCAGCCUCACCCUGGGCAGGGCUCGCACUGUCAGAGGAGGUCAGCGUGCCCGAGGGCCCGGUGUGGAACUGGACCACGGCGAGCCGACCCUCUUCCUGUCUCCCUCCGCCACCCGGGCCGUGCGGGACUACUUUUCCUCCCAGGGGCGGGAGGAGGAGGACUCCGUCCUGCAGGCCAGCCGGGACGUGGCGCUGGCCGUCGUGCAGGGGAAGCGGGAGUGGCAGAGCCGGCGCUGCAGCGACCCGAGAGUCGACGACUUCGAGCAGCUGUUCUUCGCGGAGGAAUCGUACGUGUGAACCUCCCCCCCCCCCCCCCCCCCCCGGUGCAUAGAAGAGGUACAAAAAGUACAGAUGAACUUCCUGCUUCCCGUCUAUUGACAAAUGUGUCAAACAUUCAGAUGCAAAGUUCUUAUUGUUAUUGAGUCUGUUGGCUGAUCCUGUGAAGUGGAUGUGUAGAAACCGUUUAAUCGGACAUUUGGAUCCUUUGGAGCUUUUUUGCCAAAAUGAGAAAUAUGAACAAAAUGAAGGAAGACAUGAAAGCGAAAGGACAAAGAAGCAUUUGAAGCUUUUUAAAAUGAGCCAGUGGAGACCAGGGCCAUGACACCUUAGGGUAGCCGCUUCAUCACAUCAAGAUAUGAUGUAUCUAUAGAUAUAGAUACAGAUAUCUACAUGAUCAAACACACCUUUAUCCCCUGAGAUGUCAUGACCCAGAGGAGGACAGGUUAGGACAUAUAUGUGUAUAUAUAUUUAUGUAUACACCAACAUCACCCGCAGAGUGAAGCAUUUUCAGCCUCUCUGAAUAUGUGAAUCAAUCAGGAUGCUAUUUAUUCACAGGAGCCCAGUUCAAGGACACACA